GAGCGCCUGGCCCAGCUGGCCCGCGAGGAUGCAGAGCGGGAGCUGAAGGAGAAGGAGGAGGCUCGGAGGAAGAAGGAACUCCUGGAGCAGAUGGAGAGGGCCCGCCACGAGCCCAUCAAUCACUCGGACAUGGUGGACAAGAUGUUUGGCUUCCUGGGGACUUCGGGCGGCCUGCCAGGCCAGGAGGGCCAGGCUCCUAGUGGCUUCGAGGACCUGGAGCGCGGGCGGAGGGAGAUGGUGGAAGAGGACCUGGACGCAGCCCUACCCCUGCCCGACGAGGACGAGGAAGAUCUCUCCGAGUAUAAAUUCGCCAAGUUCGCUGCCACUUACUUCCAGGGCACGACCACGCACACCUACACCCGGCGGCCACUCAAGCAGCCACUGCUGUACCACGAUGAUGAGGGUGAUCAGCUGGCGGCCCUGGCAGUCUGGAUCACCAUCCUCCGGUUCAUGGGGGACCUCCCGGAGCCCAGGUACCACACGGCCAUGAGUGAUGGCAGCGAGAAGAUUCCCGUGAUGACCAAGAUUUAUGAGACCCUGGGCAAGAAGACCUACAAGAGGGAGCUGCAGGCUCUGCAGAGCGAGGGUGAGCCCCAGCUCCCUGAUGGGCAAAAGAAGAGCAGUGUGAGGCACAAGCUGGUGCACUUGACCUUGAAAAAGAAGUCCAAACUGACAGAGGAGGUGACCAAGAGACUGCAUGAUGGGGAGUCCACGGUGCAGGGCAACAGCAUGCUGGAGGACCGGCCCACCUCCAACUUGGAGAAGCUGCACUUCAUCAUUGGCAACGGCAUCCUGCGGCCAGCGCUCCGGGAUGAGAUCUACUGCCAGAUCAGCAAGCAGCUCACUCACAACCCCUCCAAGAGCAGCUAUGCCCGGGGCUGGAUCCUCGUGUCUCUCUGUGUGGGCUGCUUCGCCCCCUCUGAGAAGUUCGUUAAGUACCUGCGGAACUUCAUCCAUGGGGGACCCCCUGGCUACGCCCCGUACUGUGAGGAGCGACUCAGGAGGACCUUUGUCAACGGGACACGGACACAGCCGCCCAGCUGGCUGGAGCUGCAGGCCACCAAGUCCAAGAAGCCCAUCAUGCUGCCUGUGACGUUCAUGGACGGGACCACCAAGACGCUGCUGACGGACUCGGCGACCACAGCCAAGGAGCUCUGCAACGCGCUGGCCGACAAGAUCUCGCUCAAGGACCGCUUCGGGUUCUCUCUCUACAUCGCCCUGUUUGAUAAGGUGUCCUCCCUGGGCAGUGGCAGCGACCACGUCAUGGACGCUAUCUCCCAGUGUGAGCAGUACGCCAAGGAGCAGGGCGCCCAGGAGCGCAACGCCCCAUGGAGGCUCUUCUUCCGCAAGGAGGUCUUCACGCCCUGGCACAACCCCUCAGAAGACAACGUGGCCACUAACCUCAUCUACCAGCAGGUGGUGCGAGGGGUCAAGUUUGGGGAGUACAGGUGUGAGAAGGAGGAUGACCUGGCUGAACUGGCCUCCCAGCAGUACUUCGUGGACUAUGGCUCCGAGAUGAUCUUGGAGCGCCUGCUGAACCUCGUGCCCACCUACAUCCCUGACCGCGAGAUCACGCCCCUGAGGACGCUGGAGAAGUGGGCCCAGCUGGCCAUUGCAGCCCACAAGAAGGGAAUUUAUGCCCAGAGGAGAACUGAUGCUCAGAAGGUCAAAGAGGAUGUGGUCAACUAUGCCCGCUUCAAGUGGCCCUUGCUCUUCUCCAGGUUUUAUGAAGCCUACAAGUUCUCAGGCCCCAACCUCCCCAAGAACGAUGUCAUCGUGGCGGUCAACUGGACGGGUGUCUACUUCGUGGAUGAGCAGGAGCAGGUGCUUCUGGAGCUUUCCUUCCCCGAGAUCAUGGCCGUGUCCAGCAGUAGGGAGUGCCGUGUCUUGCUCUCGCUGGGCUGCUCUGACCUGGGCUGUGCCGGACUGACCCCGACGGGGCCCUGUUCUCCGUGUUGGUCCUGCAGGGGAGCGAAGCUGGUGGCCCCCAGCUUCACGCUGGCCACCAUCAAGGGGGAUGAGUACACCUUCACCUCCAGCAAUGCCGAGGACAUCCGUGACCUGGUGGUCACCUUCCUGGAGGGGCUCCGGAAGAGGUCUAAGUAUGUGGUGGCCCUACAGGACAACCCCAACCCCGCCGGUGAGGAGUCUGGCUUCCUCAGCUUCGCCAAGGGGGACCUCCUCAUCCUGGACCACGACACGGGCGAACAGGUGAUGAACUCGGGCUGGGCCAGCGGCAUCAACGAGAGGACCAAGCAGCGUGGGGACUUCCCCACUGACUGCGUUUAUGUCAUGCCUACUGUCACUAUGCCACCGAGGGAGAUUGUGGCCCUGGUCACCAUGACCCCUGACCAGAGGCAGGACGUUAUCCGACUCCUGCAGCUGCGAACGGCAGAGCCCGAGGUGCGCGCCAAGCCCUACACGCUGGAGGAGUUUUCCUAUGACUACUUCAGGCCCCCGCCCAAGCACACGCUGAGCCGCGUCAUGGUGUCCAAGGCCCGCGGCAAGGACCGGCUGUGGAACCACACGCGGGAGCCGCUCAAGCAGGCGCUGCUCAAGAAGAUCCUGGGCAGCGAGGAGCUCUCGCAGGAGGCCUGCAUGGCCUUCAUUGCUGUGCUCAAGUACAUGGGUGACUACCCAUCCAAGAGGAUGCGCUCCGUCAAUGAGCUCACCGACCAGAUCUUCGAGGGAGCCCUGAAGGCUGAGCCCCUCAAGGACGAGGUGUAUGUGCAGAUCCUGAAGCAGCUGACCGACAACCACAUCAGGUUAGCCAGGGUGGUGGGAGGGUGCAGGCAGGCCCCCACCCUGGAGAUAACAGCUGAAGGUAAGACGGGGAGCUCACUCCCUGUUGAGGCAGUGGCGGCUCCGCCUGGGAGCCAUCCUCCUUCACUUGGAGCAGGAACGUGUCCUCGGGGCUCUUCCUCAAGGUCCAUGGAGGAGGGUCAAGAACCAAAGGUGGUGGCUGUACCUUUGGAGCCUGUCUUCCCUCAAGUUGAACAGUCCCAGCUCCUCAUUUCCCGCUUCCCUCUGCCUGGACACCCUCCUUUAGAUACCUGCCUCCAGCCCAGAUGUUGCUGUCUGUCUGCAUGUGCAUCUCCUGAGCAGUUGUCCCAUCCCUCACUCAGGCUGAGCAGACUGUCUGUCAGAAGCUCUGCCUCUCCCCCUUGCUUGGUUUUCAGAAAUGGGUCCCGAAAGUACCCCCCGCACCUGGUGGAGGUGGAAGCCAUCCAGCACAAAACCACCCAGAUUUUCCACAAGGUCUACUUUCCUGACGACACUGACGAGGCCUUCGAGGUGGAGUCCAGCACCAAGGCCAAGGACUUCUGCCAGAACAUCGCCGCCCGGCUGCUCCUCAAGUCCUCCGAGGGAUUCAGCCUCUUUGUCAAAAUUGCAGAUAAGGUCAUCAGCGUCCCCGAGAACGACUUCUUCUUCGACUUUGUACGACACCUGACGGACUGGAUAAAGAAGGCCCGGCCUGUCAGGGAUGGAGUCGUGCCCUCGCUGACCUACCAAGUGUUCUUCAUGAAGAAGCUGUGGACCACCACGGUGCCUGGGAAGGACCCCAUGGCCGACUCCAUCUUCCACUAUUACCAGGAGUUGCCCAAGUAUCUCCGAGGCUACCACAAGUGCACGCGGGAAGAGGUGCUGCAGCUGGGGGCGCUCAUCUAUAGGGUCAAGUUCGAGGAGGACAAGUCCUACUUCCCCAGUAUCCCCAAGCUGCUCCGGGAGCUGGUGCCCCAGGACCUCAUCCGGCAGGUCUCACCUGACGACUGGAAGCGGUCCAUCGUCGCCUAUUUCAACAAGCACGCGGGGAAGUCCAAGGAGGAGGCCAAGCUGGCCUUCCUGAAGCUCAUCUUCAAGUGGCCCACCUUCGGCUCAGCCUUCUUUGAGGUGAAGCAAACUACAGAGCCAAACUUUCCUGAGAUCCUCUUAAUUGCCAUCAACAAGUAUGGGGUCAGCCUCAUUGAUCCCAGAACCAAGGACAUCCUGACCACUCACCCCUUCACCAAGAUCUCCAACUGGAGCAGCGGCAACACCUACUUCCACAUCACCAUUGGGAACCUGGUGCGUGGGAGCAAACUCCUCUGUGAGACGUCACUGGGCUACAAGAUGGAUGACCUGCUGACUUCCUAUAUUAGCCAGAUGCUUACGGCCAUGAGCAAACAGCGGGGCUCCAGGAGUGGCAAGUGAACAGUGGGAAGGUCGCUCUGGCCCUGUGCCUACUCUCUAGGAAGCAGCUGGCUCAGGACCAUCAGCUACCUCUGCAUCCAGGGGAAGACCUUGGCUAUCCAGGCAGGGAGGCUGAACCAGCUGGCCACCACUGACUGCACCACCAUGGCCUCUCACCCUUCUUCCAGUGAGGUGACCUUGCCGGGACGUAGAACUCCCUCCAUUCAGCCUGAAGCACCUGGUUGGUUCUAGUCCUGGCUUGCUGUGACAAUCCCAGUCGUAAAAGCCUGUGCUCCUCUGAUGUCAUUCUUAACUCAUACUAGCCCUACCAUGUGACCUCUUUUGAGGUCACGGCCCGGAAAUGUAACCAAGAGGACGGCCUAGUUCUCUAUAUUGGGGACAACCAAACAGAUUAUCCUGAGACCUAAGGAACUAGCUUAAUAGCCCUAAGUCCAGGAGCCUCAGCUGGGAUGAGGGAGACAGACUGCUUCUAAAUAUUACAGUGUGAGUGCUGAGCUGCUGUUCAAAUCUCCCCUGAUGAUCUCAGGCAUAAAGCCUGUGUUUUAUCUCCUG